AUGUUUCGCAUCGCCAUCAUCGGUGGCGGCAUUGGCGGCUUAUUCGCAGCUUUGUCCAUUGAGCACCAUUGUGGACUCAAUGAUAUUCAAAUCGACAUCUAUGAACAGGCCCCUAAAUAUGGGGAGAUUGGUGCCGGAGUGGGAAUAGGGCCGAAUGCUGCUGAGCUUGUGAAAAAGCUGGGUCUCUUGGAAGAGGCCCGGAAGAUCGCAGCUGACCGACAGGGCAUCUGGCUUUCUUUCCGUCGAUAUGACACCGGUGCGGAGGUUCAUACGGUCAGGACACCCGAAGCAGGUAAUACGGUACAGUUAUCGAUGCAUCGUGCGGAAUUCCUGGAGAUUCUCGUUCGGGCUGUUGAAAGCCGAGGGGCGGCGACUUUGCAUACGAACAAGCGUUGCCAGACGCUCGAGGAUCAUGGAGACAAAAUGUCAAUCACAUUCAUAGACGGAACAAUGACGACAGCAGACCUGGUAAUCGGUGCAGAUGGCAUCCACUCGGCUGUACGCUCGCAGUAUGUGAAUGACAGCGCUCAGUAUGGCGAAAUGGUAGUUUACAGAGGUCUUUGUGACAUGGACAAGAUCAAGGACUCAUGGACACUUCCGACUUUUGCUGCAAUCUUCAUGGCUCCUGGAAAGCACUUUCUUACCUUCCCUAUCAGCAACAACAAAAUCCUCAAUGUAGUUGGGUUUGUGACUACUCCAUGGGAAAAACUCAGGGAUACGAAAGAAAGCUGGACACUCGCAAGUGAGAAAGCAGCAGUUAAGGAGGAGUUCAAGGAUUUCGCUCCAGCAGUCCAGACAGUCAUUGAGAAUAUGGAUACCAACCCAUUGAAAUGGGUUCUUUUUGACCGAAAGACGAGCCCGGAAUGGAUCUUCUCCGGAGGCAAGGUUGCUCUGCUAGGCGAUGCAGCCCAUGCAAUGUGCCCCCCACCAAGGGCCUGCUUCAAAUUAAGCGCCGGGGCUGGCCAGGCCCUCGAGGAUGGGUAUAUAAUUGGGCGAGCUCUCCAAGAAUAUUUCCGUCCUCAGAGAACUUCACGCCGCUAUAAAAUCGAGCAUUGCCUUCGUCUUUAUCACUCUAUUAGAUAUCCUCGCUCGGAGAGGGUCCAGAUGACAUCCCGCGAAGCAGGGGACAUAUAUGAGAUGAAGAUCGAUGGGGUGACUGGGCUUAGUUAUGAUGAUGGCCUUCCUGUUGUGAAAGCCUUGUUGGAAGACCGCAUGAAGUGGAUUUGGAAUGAGGAUAUUGAUGAAGUGUACGCAAAGUCCUUGUCUGAGUGGCAGCACUCGUAUGCGUCAAUUUAA